CAAUUUUGUGCCAUGGAAUCUUUUGGCCGGGAAUAUGUUACUAUUUUUGUGAACUAAGGAAUCUUUACUCAGUCUCAGGAUGAGUUCUGAUGAUUUAGAAGGUUCUGUUGCAAGUGGAGGGGACUCUUCAACGUCCAGCGGACUGGGUGCCUUCCACUGUGAUGGGCUGAGGGCUUCUGAUGUUUUACCCAUUCUGAAGGAAAAGAUUGCCUAUUGCUCAGGAGGGAGAGACAAGAGAGGAGGUCCCAUCCUGACCUUCCCAUCCAGACCCAACCUGGACAAGGUCAAACCAGAGGACUUACGCAGAGUGGUCUUCUAUCUCAGCACUAUACCAAGUGAGGAGGCGAGAGAGCUUGGUUUCAGUGCCAUCAUUGACAUGAGAGGAUCCACCUGGAGUAACAUCAAACCAGUCCUUAAAGUCUUACAGGAAUGUAUACCUGACCACAUCCACAUGGUUUAUAUCCUCAAACCGGAGAAAUUCUGGCAGAAACACCGGACAAGUCUGGGUAGCUCCAAGCUCAAGUUUGAGACCAGCAUGGUGUCACAGGAAAGCCUACACAAGGUCAUCGACCCCUCACAACUUACACCUGAACUGGACGGCACCCUGACUUAUGAGCAUGAAGAAUGGAUACAACUCAGAAUGGCUGUAGAGGACUUCCUAACCAAAGCCUCCGAGCUCAUGCACCGUCAGGACCACCUCAAGCGAGAGAUGAACUGCACUAACUUCUCCAUGACAAUAGAGGGCGCUCAACAGCAGAUUGAAGAGCAUACCCGCCUGCGGGAACAGGUGUUAGAGAUCCCGGUGGAGCAGAUCAACCAGGAGGGUCAGAAACUUCUACGCAGAAUUUGCAGUGGUUUCAAUGGCGAUGAGUCAACGACGACAGACUCCGGCUACUCAGGCAGCUCCCACGGUAGCUUCACCAGCAUGUCCAGCAUAGCAGCCAGCGCAGACUUCCAUGGUGUAGUACCCCGUGUUAACCGCAUGAUGGAUAGUGUGACUGCCACAAGACAGCAGCUGCACCAGCUCUGGCAGAUUAGGAAGUUGAAGCUUGAGCAAUGUCUGGAGUUGAGGUUGUUUGAGCAAGAUGUUCAGAAGAUGUUUGAAUGGCUGGCCCAUCAAAAGGAACUCUUCUUACUCAACCACACAGAGAUCGGCACAAUGUCACAGACUGGUGAAGAACUUCAGGAGGAACAUAAUCGCUUUGCUACCCAAGCAAUGGGUAUGUACGUCCACAUCAACCAGAUAGUCGGCAUAGCAUCGCGACUGAUGGAGUCAGGACACUAUGCUGCAGAACAAAUUGAACGUCUCACCCACAAACUGGACCAAAAGUGGCGGGCAUUCGCCGUGGCGCUCGAUGAACGGAGCACGUUGCUGACAAUGUCCGUUGCCUUCCAUCAAAAAGUUGAAGAGUACAUGUCCAAUCUCUACGGCUGGGUGCAACAAAGCCAAGAAGAACUUGAGUUAUCCAAUGAGAUCCCAGACCUAGAGACCAAACUACACCAUCAUCAGAAGCUGUUUGAGACCAUUAGCCAGUGCUACUCUGAGUUAUGUGCCGACGGUAAGUCCCUGCUGGAUGCUCUCCAGCAACCGCUCAGUCCCGAGAGCGAGAACUCUGUCACGGCCCAGACUGAUUACUCUGCCUCAGCCAGUCAUGUCCUGGACCUAGUCCAUAAGGUGCUUCACCAUCAUAGACAGCUGGAUGAGUUGUGGCAAUCUAAGAAGAUGGGUUUAUGUCAACGGAUUCAACUUUGUGUGUUCCAACAGGAUGCUGCACAGGUGCUGUACUGGUUGGAGAAUUACGGUGAGGAGUUUCUGGCUAAGCACACAGGUGUGGGUAAAACGUUACACAAAGCCAGGGCUCUGCAGAAGAAACAUGAAGAGUUUGAAGCAAUUGCUCAGAAUACCUUCACAAAUGCCGACCGCCUCCUCGCUAACGCAGACCAGCUUGCCCAGACUGGAGAGUGUAACCCGGAGGACAUCUACCAAGUAGCCAGGGUCUUGGAAGAGAAGGUCCGUGACUUCAUCACACGGACAGAAUGUCGCAAACAGCUGCUUGAUAUGUCCGUCUCCUUCCACACACAUGCUAAAGAGUUAACAGCGUGGUACAAGGAGCUCCAAGAAAGUCUCAGCAGUGAGGAGACGUCAGACGAGGUCGACGGUGCCGAGGAGGACCUGGCCAAGUUUGAACACCAGAGGGACAUCACAAUAGACGCCUCUGUUAAUACGAUCAGCGAGGGCCAAAACCUUGUGGAUCACCUUAGGCAAAUUGCCAUGGAUACCGGGAAGGUGACGUAUAACGGGGCAUGUAGCCAUAUAGAAGGUCUCCUGAAUAAUCUUGAGGAUGGGCGAUCCAAGCUGGACAAUCUAUGGGCUGGACGCCGGAUGAAACUAGAGCUGUGUCUUCAACUCAGACAGUUUGAGAGGGAUGCAUUAGAAUUGUCUACCCAGCUUCCAAGGUACACAGCUGAGAUGCAUGGUGCUGACUUCAACUUUGACAUCGAUACGGCAGACUUGAUGCUAAAAGAACACCUAGACUUCUUUGAUGGGAUGCAAGAGAGAACAGUCCAACUCAUACAGAAAGGUCGAGACCUAUUACAGCUUCUAGACUCAACAGGCAUUGAGCUGAUGGCUAGGGGUCAGUUCACAGCUCAGACCAGGGUACAAGUCCUUCUUGAUGACAUCAAGGAUGGAUACUUAGAGUUGGAGGACAUUGCUGAGGUGCGGAGAGCAAAGCUGGAGCAGUGUAGGAACCUAAGACAGUUUGAGAUUGAUGCUGAACAGGUUGAAAGCUGGAUCAAAAGUGCCGAGAAGAUGCUCUUGAUGGUUACGUCUGUCCCUAACAGCUUUGAGGAAGCUGAGAGACUGCAGAAAGAUCAUCAACAGUUUGAAAAUGCCAUAGAGAAAACUCAACAAAGUGCAAUACGACUCCAUGACAAUGCCUAUAAGUUGUUGGAGGCCCGUCACUAUGACAGUGAACGGAUUCAGAGUAUCGCGACUAGUGUGGAGGUGCGAUGGUCACGCCUUGUGCUUCGCUCAGAAGACAGGAGGAAACUCUUCCAGUAUGCUGCAAGUUUCUAUAAGACAUCUGAGCAGGUCCAGUCCGUUCUGGAAGACCUCCAGAGGGACUACACCCGUGAUGAGGACUGGUGCAGCGGUGGUGGGGACCAAUCUACACCGGUAUCAGAGACAGUGAUGUUGAAACUGAUCCAGAAGCACCAGGACCAGAAGGAGAGCUUCCUGAAGGCUUGUACCAUGGCGAGACGGAACGCUGAGAGCUUUCUUAAAUACCUGAAAAAGUGCAAUGGUGGGCAGCCGGCCGUCCAGCCUGCUGCUGGGGUCAUGAGGGGACCAGAGACUUAUGUCAAAAGAAUUCUUGAAGAGCUGCUCACGCAAGAGGACAAAGUCCUUGAAAGUUGGACACAGAAAAAGAAACGACUGGACCAGUGUCUUCAGUAUGUCUUGUUUGAACGCAGUGCAAGACAGGCUUUAGAAUGGAUCCACGAUACAGGAGAGUUCUAUUUAUCAACUCACACCAAUGUAGGAGAAAACCCUGAAGAGACUCAAGCAUUACUCAAAGAACACAAUGAAUUCAAAGGAACUGCCAAGGAGACGAGAGAAAAAGUUAAACUGCUUUUACAGCUUGCCAACAGUCUGGUAGAGAAGGGCCACCUUCACGCCUCCAGCAUCAAAUCAUGGGUCUCGGCCGUCGACAAUCGGUAUCGGGACUUCUCACUGAGGAUGGACAAGUAUCGUGCGCAGCUAGAGGGCAGGCUUGGUCUCAGUCAUGAGGAUGACGCCAAGGACCUCUCGAUCGACCAUCGGAUGUCAGAUACGAGCUUGGAGCUGAAACUACGAGAUGCUGCUAAGGAGAUGAAUGAAGAUAAGAGGAAGUCAGCUAGGAAACGAGACUUCAUCAUGCAGGAGCUGCUUCAGACAGAGAAGGCAUAUGUCAGGGAUCUUCACUGCUGUAUUGAUAAUUAUCUUUGUGAGAUGAUGGCGUCGGUUGUUGAGGUACCUGCAGGCAUCGUUGGUAAAGAGCACAUACUGUUUGGAAACAUUGAAGAGAUCUACAAUUUCCAUAAAGAUAUCUUCCUGAAGGAGUUGGAGAAGUAUGAGUCCAUGCCAGAAGAUGUUGGCCAUUGUUUUGUGACGUGGGCGGAUAAGUUUCAGAUGUAUGUGACAUACUGUAGGAACAAACCUGACUCAAAUGCCCUGCUUAUGGACCAAGCAGGCUCCUUCUUUGAAGAGAUUCAAAAGAAGCAUGGUCUAGGGCUGUCCAUCCAGGCUUAUAUCAUCAAACCUGUGCAGAGAAUUACUAAAUAUCAACUGCUUCUCAAGGAUUUGUUGGCCUGUUGUGAAGAAGGGAAGGGUGAGAUACGAGAAGCCCUGGAGGUUAUGUUAAUGGUGCCGAAGAGAGCCAAUGAUGCCAUGCAUUUGAGUAUGCUGGAUGGCAUGGAUGGACACCUUGAUGCCAAUGGAGAAGUCAUCCUUCAGGAUUCCUUCCAGGUUUGGGAUCCCAAGCAGAUCUUCAGGAAAGGAAGGGAGAGACACAUCUUUUUGUUUGAGCUGUUUCUGGUCUUCAGCAAGGAGGCUAAAGACAGCACGGGCAAGACCAAGUAUAUCUUCAAGAGCAAACUGGAUACAUCUGAUCUUGGUAUUACGGAGCAUAUUGAAGGGGAUAGCUGCAAGUUUGCACUAUGGACAGGAAGGACACCAUCAUCAGAUAACAGAAUCGUUCUUAAGGCCUCUAGUUUAGAAGCCAAGCAAGAAUGGAUCAGAAAAAUGCGAGACAUCGUUACGGAAAGACAAGUGCAUUUAAGGGCAGCUCUUAUGGAUUCAACAAAACUAGCAGCUCCCAAAUUUGUUGCCAAAAAGAAUACAUCGUCAGCGAGGAAUAUGAUUCAGAAAUCACGGGGUGAGAAUUUAGAAGACAGUUUCCUUGACGACCUCUUGCUGCACCCAAGAGGUGACCGAGAUUCCCUGAAUUCUGUGUCGACGACAAACACCACGGCCACUGUGGACAGCGAUAAGGACUUGAGGGAAAGCUCAGAAUUUGUUGUGGUCCUUGAAGACUUUGACGCCCACCACGCCCAGGAGAUCUCAGUACAAAAGGGACAGACGGUAGAGGUGCUGGAGAGGCUAUCUGCGCAACCUGACUGGGCUCUUGUGAGGGCGCUAUCACCAGAUCAUUCUGGGCCUGUACAGGGUCUUGUUCCCCUGAGUCAUCUGGUCACAUCAGAAACCUCGGCAAUUAUUCAGAUUGUAGAUAAAAGAAAUGCAGUCGUCUUCUUGAGCGGAAGCAAAGCAGACGGAAAGGAGGAUACAGCUGAAGAAGUUUGCAGUGCAAUCUCAGAGGAGCCUUAG